CAGUUUUAAUUACACCCAAAGACUUCUCUCACACACAAACACACUAUAUGAGAAAGCAAGAGCGACACAGAGAGCGCGCUCGCCAAGGAUGAAGGACGAAGCCGUGAGCUCCUCACGCGACCCCUUAUUGCCCCCGAGAUCUUCCUCUCCUCCUCCCACCCUCACUCCCGCUGCCAGUUCUGCUGGGGCAUCGUCUCCUGCUGUUCCCACAAAUGCUGGCAGCUCAGAUGGGCUUGGUCAAGUGCAGAAUUCGAAAGGAGGGUCUCUUUCCCAGAUCGGUUCACAGCCCAUGUACACAUCACUGAGCACUAGUGCUGGUGGUUCAGCACUUGGAUCAUCACAGCCUUCUUGCAGGCCCUGGGAAAGGGGUGACUUGUUGAGACGCCUCUCAACAUUCAAACCAGCCAAUUGGUUUGGAAAACCCAAGGCUGCAAGUUCCCUGGCCUGUGCUAGAAAAGGAUGGGUGAAUGUGGCCGUUGAUAAAGUUGAAUGUGAAUCCUGUGGUGCAAUUUUGAAGUUUGUUUCAUCAGCUACCUGGACUCCUUCUGAAGCUGAUGGUGCUGGAGACGAAUUUUCCAAGAAACUUGACGAAGGGCAUAAGCUUACUUGCCCAUGGACAGGAAACUGCUGUGCAGAAAGCCUGGUACAGUUCCCUCCAACUCCACCAUCAGCACUUAUUGGUGGUUAUAAGGAUAGGUGUGAUGGACUGCUCCAAUUUCCCUCCCUUCCCAUUGUGGCUGCAUCGACAAUUGAGCAAAUGCAGAUUUCUCGCGGCCCAGAAAUUGAUCGUUUGCUGGCCCAGUCUCAGCUUUCACGCAAUGAAUCUGGCAUCAAGUUAGAACUUCUCUUAGGAACUGAGAGCUCCAGAGAUAGUGUCUUCGUCAUAUACUCCCGUGCUCAGAAGCUCAUAAGUCUUUGUGGAUGGGAACCUAGGUGGCUCCCAAACAUUCAGGAUUGUGAAGAGCAUUCUGCUCAAUCGGCUAGAAAUGGCUGCUCAAUUGGUCCUUCAAAAUAUCGUGCUCCUCGUGAUCCUAGCCGAGGAAAGAAAGCCAUGUCCUCUUCAACAAAAAGGGAUUAUGGUGGACAUGAAGUUAUUGGGACUAACUCAAAAGGUGUAUCCAGAUCACCAUUGUUAGAUUGCAGCUUAUGUGGUGCGACAGUGAGACUGUGGGACUUUCUAACUGUCCCGCGCCCCUCUAGUUUUAUUCCAAGUAGCGCUGAUGGUCCCGGAACUAACAAGAAGAUGCUGACACGUGGAAUAAGUGCAGCGAGUGGCAUCAGUGGUUGGGUUGCUGCAGAUGGUAUGGAGAAGGAGCAGGCAGAUGACCACGAUGAAGCUGCAACUGGUGAAGGAAAGUCACUUUCAAAUGUUGGGGUGGAGUUGAAUCUUACAAUGUCUGCUGGAUUGUCCUCAUCGCGGCUGAACAUGAAUGCUACAUCUGAACAAUAUCAAUAUGGGCAUAGAGGUAGAGAUUUAUUGAUUGGGCAGCCUUCCAGCAGUGAGGUCGGUGAUCGUGCAGCUUCAUUUGAAUCACGCGGCCCUAGUUCACGCAAGAGGAACUUAGAUGAAGGUGGAAGUACAGGUGACAGGCCACACAUACUGCUCCAACAAGCAGACAGUGGAGAGGGUACUGUCAUUGAUCGUGAUGGUGAUGAAGUUGAUGAUGGUGGACAAUACUCUGCUGGUCCUUCAAAACGUGCUCGUGAUUCUGGGGUUGUAGAACCCCGUCGAUCACCAUAUAGGAAAGAUUCUUCUGGUGCUGGUCCCAGUCGGUCAUUCGGCUUCGACAUAGGAAUUGAUGCUUAUAAAGAUGAAUUUGACCCGGCAACUGAACAAUUCAUGAUUAAUCCAUCAACUAGAGAUUCAACCCGUGUAUCCUCGGUCAUUGCAAUGGACACAGUGGACCACGGUGCAGAUAAUGAUUCAAUGGAAAGUGUUGAGAAUUAUCCCGGCGAUUUUGAUGACAUACAUCUUCCAACUACAUCAGGAGUAAAAAACAUAGAUCCUGCCGAGACAUCAGAGUUGAAUUAUAGCAAUCAAGCACAGCAGAGUACUUGUCCUGCUGCUGUGAGAAGUACUGGUGAAAUUGGAGUUAGCAGUACAAAUGAAGAAGAAGUUGUAAACACAGAAACUACAAACGCUCAUGGGAGGGAUGGUCCCAGCUUGGGGAUUAGUGGAGGAAGUGUUGGCAUGGGUGCUAGCCAUGAAGCUGAAAUUCAUGGGAUUGAUGCUUCUAUUGACCGAACUGAGAGUGUUGUUGGUGAUGUAGAACCCAUUACUGAAAUUACUGACAACCAAGGCCAAACAGGUGAAUUUGCACCAGAUCGAGGGUUGAUGGGUGAUUUUGUCCCUGAAGAAAUAGAUAGAGAGGAUCCUCAUGGUGAUAGUCAAGAUUUGAUGUCUCGAUCCGUAGUUAGGGCAGAUAGUGGUUCAAAAGUUAUGGGUUCAACUAAGGCAGAAUCUGUUGAAAGUGGAGACAAGACAAGUAAUAUGCGAGCCACCUCCUGUGAGAACAGUCCUCAUCCUUCACUUUCUUGCAAUGCCAUUUUAUGUUCUGGCAUGGAGCUAUCUAAGGAAGAAGUCACUCAGGCCACCAAGGAUCCAACAACCGAUGACUGUGGUUUUGUGGAAUCAGGCUAUCAAGUUGCAAAUGCAUCAGGGCCUCCAAAUGGCGGCAGCAACUAUGAUGAAGCGGUGGAAUUUGAUCCAAUUAAGUAUCACAAUCCCUACUGUCCCUGGGUGAAUGGAAAUGUUGCUGCAGCUGGCUCUAGUAGCAGCAGCGGGCCUGGCUCCAGUCCGAGUACUCUCGCACUUUGUGGUUGGCAGCUGACAUUAGACGCUUUGGAUGCUUUUCAAUUGCAAGGCCAGGUUGCACCAGUGCAACCAGUAGAAUCUGAAUCUGCUGCUUCCAUGUAUAAGGAUGAUCACCACACACCUGGUCAGAAGCUCUUGUCACGGCACUCUUUCAACAAGAGCCGUGGGAGAAACUAAUUGGAUUAUUCUCGAAUAUGUGGCGUCUGAUGGUUCACUCAUCGAACCUUGAGCUUAACAGCGCCAUUUCGAACACACUGUGUUAAUGUUAUCUGUUACUUUUUCACCUCGAAUGGAGUAAACUAAAAUUCCGUUAUUCAAGAUACAAGAGAACCUCUAUCUUGAGUGCUUUUACUUUCGGAUCUCAGUUUCAAUAACGCCUAGUCAUCAGGCUUGUUUAGUCGUGAUAGUUGUGUCGUGUGUCGGAUUAUCAUAUUUUACUGUUUCAGAAUUUUGCUACUGUAAGUCUGGAGAUUGCGGUUCAUUUUGAAUUUGAAUCCAGUUUUCUAAGAAUAUUAACCCUCUUUUGCUUUAA